UACACAGAGAGAGACCGCAGAGCGUUGAUUCACAUCGCGGACAGAGCGGGGAGGAGAAACUUGUCCUGCACGCACUAAUAAAGCCGAGCUUAACCCGCACGGUUCACAUCCAGAGGCACCAGCUCACCCCGACGUUCUACUGCGGAUUUUUCCCAAAACAGGAAAGAGGAGCAGUCGCGCGCCGAGCCGUGGAGUUAUAUAAGAGCAGAGGACGCCUCGUCGCGAGGGCCGGUGCGACUCAUUGAUAAAUAACACGGGCUCUCUCCGGACAGACGCAUGAAUGAUUGCCAGCGGAGGCAGGAAUCUGUGAAGGAAACCCCGCGUUGUUGUUGAUCCGCGUCCUACCCAAAAGCGCACGGAGCGCAUAGAAGGAUCUGGACUGAGAUUUUAUUCUGCACUUUGAUAUUUUUCCUGCGGGCUCAUCCAAGCAAGAAAGAAAUCAGAUUUUUUUGUUUUUGCCUUCCCGCUGCAGCCAGUAACCCUCGCUUCUUCAAAUCAUAUUUGUCCCUACCAACUCCUGCUUAUAAAUGCUCGACAAGCUCCGACCCGUCAUCCAGCUCGACUCCGUAAUGGCGAUCAGCAAGACGGUGGGCUGGCUCCGGGAGCUGCUGGAGACGCGCAGGGACGGCCUGCUGGUGAUGGACUGCCGGGCCCAGGAGCUGUACGAGUCGUCGCACGUCGACACGGCCAUCAACGUGGCCAUACCGAGCCUCAUGCUCCGCCGGCUCAAGAAGGGCAACCUGCCCGUGCGCUCGCUGCUCUCCGACGGCGAGGACCGGGAGAAGUUCGUGCGCCGGUGCAAGACGGACACCAUCGUGCUGUACGACGAGUACAGCCGGGAGUGGAACGAGAACGUGGACGGGGGCUCGGUGCUGGGUCUGCUGCUGAGGAGGAUGAAGGACGAGGGCUACAAGGCCUAUUAUCUGGAGGGUGGCUUCAGCAAAUUCCAGGGCGAGUAUCCGGGUCUGUGUGAAACCAACCUGGACGGCACCUCCAACACCAGCUCCCCCACCGCGCAGGUGCUGGGCCUCGGGGGGCUGCGGAUCAGCUCCGACUCCUCCUCCGACAUCGAGUCGGACAUCGACCGCGAGCCUAGCAGCGCCACGGACUCGGACGGCAGCCCGCUGUCCAACCCGCUGCCCUCCUUCCCGGUGGAGAUCCUGCCGUACCUCUACCUGGGCUGCGCCAAGGACUCCACCAACCUGGACGUGCUGGAGGAGUACGGCAUCAAGUACAUCCUCAACGUGACCCCCAACCUGCCCAACCUCUUCGAGAACGCCGGGGAGUUCAAGUACAAGCAGAUCCCCAUCUCGGACCACUGGAGCCAGAAUCUCUCGCAGUUCUUCCCCGAGGCCAUCAGCUUCAUUGAUGAAGCUCGAGGCCAGAAGUGCGGCGUCCUGGUCCACUGCCUGGCGGGCAUCAGCCGAUCCGUGACGGUGACGGUGGCCUACCUGAUGCAGAAGAACAACCUGUCCAUGAACGACGCCUACGACAUCGUCAAGAUGAAGAAGUCCAACAUCUCGCCCAACUUCAACUUCAUGGGCCAGCUCUUGGACUUUGAGCGCACGCUGGGCCUCAAGAGCCCGUGCGACAACCGCAUCGCGGCGCCAAGCCAGCAGCUCUACUUCACCACACCGACCAACCACAACGUCUUCCAGCUGGACCCCCUGGAGUCCACGUGAGGUCGGCCCAUCGCGACCACCGCUCCUCGCCGGAGGUUUCGUGGGCCUCCCCUUUUUGGAAAAGCUGCAAAAAGUUUUCUCUUGUUUCCUCCGUCUGCCGGGGGACCGAGCGCCUGACCUUAUUGAUGCGGGGCGACCGCUGCCGAGCGUGGUGACUGGAGGGCCGAAGCUGUCUGGCCGAGAUGCAGCCGCUUGCUGACUAGAUGAGGAGCGACAGUAAAAGAGACAAAGAAAACGAGGAAGAGUGCAGAUACCCUCUUCAAUCCUAUAGCACUGUCAGGACUCCUGAGGUCUUAUAUCUCUUUUUGUCAUUGUAUCUUGAGGAAACUUAAAGUGAUUUGUUGGACAGCUUAUGCUUCAAAGCUCCUGGGCUGGUGUGCCAAAGAGACUGAUUGUUCAAACUGGACAGAUCUAACAAUGAAACUCUUUUUUUAAAUGUUAGUUUUGGGGUCCAGCACUGGUUCCCAAGACACCAGGGUGCGUUGUCUCCUUCGUCUUCCGUGAAGACUUGCCUGUGUGGGGUAGAAGCACCCCGGCUUUAGACGGCACACUAUAUACUGGACUCGAUUUUGCAUUUGUGGAGUCUUUUCAAACAUUUAUACGUUGUGUAUAUAUAUCUUAUAUAAUAUAAAAAACAAUACAUAGUAAAAAGCCUUGCUCCAGUAUAUACCCUUUGCAACAAGUGGGUACUCUUUGUUUCAUAUUCUACUUUUAUGUAAGCAAACAAACUGCAUAUUGAUCCGUAUGUUUUAAGUUGAUUAUGCCAAAAAAGGAAAAAAAUCAAGUAGGAUUUUCCAAGAAUUGUGCAAAAAAUGUGUACACGUGUAAUAUAUUUGAUGAUCGCUUUACGUGUGAAUUCAGCCGACGGGCCUUGUCUUUGCACCCACCCUCUCACGAAUCAAAGUCACCGUGGUGGGUUGCCUUGCUUUUGCGCUCAGAUGGGUGUUUUUUUAUUUUUGCAUCAGCCUUCAGAGAGAUUCCCCAGAUAUUGUUUUAAAUUUGUAUUAUUUUCACACAAAAAAAAGUCAACCAAACCGUGAGCAGUUUUAAUAUCUUUUUUUUUUAUUCAAUUUUUUCUAAAAUUUGGCACCACAUAGCAUCCACAUGUUGUCUGGAUCUCUGAAGGCUGAUGUGAGUCAUCCUGAUCUGUGCACAACCGGUAAAAGUCUCGGACAUGUAGACAGAGCUAGGAGGCUUUGCUCACCCUCGCCUCUUCAGGGAAAUGCAGUUUUUACUUGUCAAGAAGAGAGAAAAAGGAAUGCCCCUCUACAGAGAAGGCCAUUUCUCCAGAGGAAGCCAUCCUUGCCACCCCCCCUCCUCUCUUACGAAUGUAAAGAAAAGAUAAAUUAUUAAUAAAUUGCUAUUUUGUCUACACUUCAACCUUUCCAUGACUGUUUUUCCAUUGAUACACUUGUUGUUUGUCUGUUUCCUCGGUGACACAUUUAUGUAACGCGGCACAGUCGAGUGUUGAAACCAGCCGGCCGGAGUCACGACCGCAAACACAGUCGCCGUGAAUCAUGGGGCUGUUUUUCGCGGCGCUCUCGCUGCUCAUUAACUACAGCAGCACUCGACGCUUGUGUAACAAAGUGCCGCGCACACUCUGUUCUCUGUGACAAUCAUUCACGAACAAAGUGAUUCCAGUCACACCGUAAAAACAACAACAGCCCGACUGGUUUUUCCAGGUGCUGCUUUUGCUGCGAGGCCGUCGGGUUCACACAAACACUCCUGAGGGCAGGGCCUCUGCCUGCAGCCAUCAAAGGGAGCUGAAAAGCACCGGGAUGUGGUGUCAUUUCAUAGCAAGUGCGGUGGCGUGUACCUGCAAAGACCUGGAGGCCCAGGAGAAAAGGAUCCUCACGGCGCAGGAGAGGGAGGAGGAGCGUUGUGUUCUCACGCAAGCAGCUUCGCAGCUCAGCAGAGACCUGCACCAACAUUCCCACACAUGCUGAUUAACACCAGCAGCAGAGAGUGUGUGUGUGUGUGUGUGUGUGUGUGUGUGUGUGCGCGUGUGUUAAUUCCCUGGAGUGUGGGGUUAGGGAAAAGCAAAGAAUUGAUCUCCUCGCAUCAAAGUUGAUAGAGAAACCGAUGUCAACUGAUUAUAACGAGAAUGUCAAUGACGUCACUCGCGUGCAGCUCUUUUUGUCUGAGAAGACCGAAUGUGUUCAUCAAUGGCGAAAAGUCCUCAAACGGAGGUUCAGUUAAAUGCGUGAGGAAGUGCAAAGUACACCGAGCAUAAAUGGUGAGGAAUAUGUAGCAAUGCAGUUCAAGAGGUUCGGAGUCGUGAAAAAACAUAAUGACCAACGGAGCCUUCUAUUAUAUUAUAAAAUAGCCGAUGUCAAAAACAGUACUUUUUCAUCUCUUCAGCAUCCAUAUUUAUUUUCCUAAAUAUGCAGAAUACAGAAAGUAUAAAGAGAUCAUAUCUAUU